CUCCCUCCCUCUGGCCCCGCCCUCUGAUGUCCGGGCAGCUCGCGGGGCUCAUUCCUCCGUGCACGGAGCUGCUCAGCGGACCGACGUCCGCGCUUCUCCCGGUCAGCCGCCCCUCGCUCCCCGCCAGCAUGAACGCGGCCGUGGCGGACAGCUGCUUCCGGUCCGCCCUGCAGCCCAACUCGUCCCGGACCGCCUACGCGCUGCCGGCCGACGGCCCGUCCGCGGACCCCAUGGCCAAGGUCCGGCGGGUCCAGGAGCAGGUCCGGAUGCGCCUGGCGGAGAGGAAGUCCCCCUCCCUGCCCAGACUGGACGACUCUCAGCUGGGAGCGGGAGAUUUCGGAGCUCCAGACCUGAAGACCUUCAGCCACUCUCACGGCUUCAGCUCCCGGUCCAUGAUCUGCACCCCGACCCGGGUCAUGGCUGUGCCCACGGCGCCACUCCACUCGUCCGGCUUCUCCUCCCGCUCCGCCGUGGAGAGCAGCUCCAAGCUGAGCCACAGAGGAACCAGCACGGUCCACAGCAGCUUCCAGGCCUCCGAGAUGCACAGCAGGAGCCGGCGCUCCAAGUCUCUGUGCCAGGAGAACCAGGCCACGGCGGCCCGGCCGGAGAACGCCUCCGUCCCCGUCACGGUGGCCCCUCUCGGCGGCAUGAGGCGCACCCUCAGCGGGACGCUGGCGCAGGACGGGAGGUGCUGGCAGGAGGAGGAGCUGCCGUACCAGUACGCCUACAAGGGGCCGUCCCACCGCACCAUCAGCCGGAUCACCAACAGACAGCAGCUCUACCAGCAGCAGCAGAGCUCCGCCUUCGGCCAGGAGGGCUGGGUGGGGAACGGCAGGGGCUUCCACGGUGGGGGCGACACCUGGGGGGCGCAGUGGCAGCAGCAGACCAGCAGGGCGAGUCAGGCGACGGCCAGCCGGCAGUACGCGCCGCUGCACCGGGCGCCAUCGCUGCGCUCCCUGAGGAGCGUGGGUAAAGGCGUGGACGUGAUGGACGCCGCGUCCAUCCACAGCAACGACCCGCUGGCAGAAAUGCACGGCCUGGACAUGCCCACGGCGGUCAGGUAUCUGUCGGAAUCGGACUCCGCCCUCCACGUCUUGGGAGCGGCGUACAUACAACACCAGUGUUACCAUAGCAACGAGGCUAAGACCCAGGUCAGAUCUCUGCAGGGCGUUCCCGCUCUGGUGCGCCUUUUCACCAGCGACAAUCUGGAGGUUCAACGCUACGCCACAGCCGCUACCAGGAACCUGAUCUAUGAGAACGUGGAGAACAAGUCGGCCCUGAUAGACGCCGGCGGGCUGACGCCUCUUGUUAGCAUCCUGAGUGAACCUGAUGAGGAGCUCCGAAAAACCAUCACAGGAGUUCUGUGGAACCUGUCCUCCAGAGACAGCCUGAAGGAGAAGCUGGCGGUAGAAGCUCUGCAGAUGCUGACGGAGAAAGUCCUGGUUCCUCUGUGUAAGAGCCUUCCUCUGACUCCAUCUGAGAAAGACAUCUUCAACAACACCACCGGCUGCCUCAGGAACCUGAGCUCGGUGAACGAGAGGACGAGGCGGAAGAUGAGAUCCAUGCAGGGCCUGGUGGACUCUCUGGUCUGCUACAUCCAGCAUGAAGAAAGAGGAGACGACAAGGGUUUGGAGAACUCGUUGUGCGUGAUGAGAAACCUGUCCUAUCAGCUGUACGCGGAGCUGCCCCCCUCCGUGCGGAUCCACCUGGAGGGGCCGUCCAGAGCGUCCUCUUCCAAGGACGCGGACGCCAUCGGCUGCUUCACUCUUUACAGCAAAAAGUCCAAAGAGCAGCGGCAUCAGAACAUCCCCACGCUGCCCCCCCCCAAAGGGGCGGAGUGGCUCUGGCACCCCCGGGUGGUGGGGCUGUACCGGCAGGUUCUGCAGAACAGCGACAGCAGCUCCACCAGUGUCGAAGCCGCCAUCGGAUCUCUCCAGAACAUCACUACAGGGGAGGCCCGGUGGCCCGCGGUCCUGAGUGCGGUUGUCCUGGAGCAGGAGCGGAUGCUGCCCGUCCUCCUGGACCUGCUGGACGGUGGGAGCGAGCUGCAGAACCGGGCUCUGACCGGACUGCUGAGAAACCUGAGCAGACACUGCAGAGACAAGGAGUCCACGGCUAAAACGCUGGUGAGCAUCUUGGUGUCCAAGUUGCCCAGCGACUGUCUCCAGAAGACGCCGUCCAGUGAGGUGGUGGUCAACAUCUGCGGGGCGCUCAACCACCUGGUCACGUGCAGCUCAACUGCAGCUCGAGACGUGGCCCUCUGCAACGGCCUCCCCAAACUGGUGGGCAUCAAGACCUCCCACGAUAACAGCCCCUCAAGCCUGAAAGCUGCCAGAGCGGCCUCCACUGUUCUCUGCAACAUGUUCCAGUACAACAAGCUGCACCGCGACUACAAACUGAGAGGAUUCACCAGACGAGACUUCACCGACGGAACCUUCUAGAUGCUGUUUGGUCUCAGUGUAACUCCAGGGAAGAGAAGCAGAACAUCACCACCACCAGCACACAGUCUGCAGUUUCCACGAUUGAACAGAUUUUCAGUCAAAGUGCCUUCCAACAAACUGAGAGGAUCCUCCUGGCUCACCUUCCCCUGAGGGUUCAGCAGCUGCACCUCCCAUCUUCCAGCAGUGAUGAGGAGGUGUCCUGCAGGGAGCCGAUGAGGUGUUUUGGGAGCAGGUGACGCUCCCACUGGUCUGGGAUUCACAGAUUUCCCCACAGAAGAAGGAGGAACACGGAUGCAGAAGAUGAAGAAGUGUCUUCAAAAACUCCUGAGAGGGAUUGUUUGGACUGAAUGCAGCUCUUUUUGUAGUUAAAGCAGCAGCUUCUAGAGUAGAUGUUGAUAGUCUUUUUGACCAGAUGUGAAGUUUGUUCAGCUGUUUAACCACUUCUGUAGUCCAGUCAGAGUCAGAGUUAUGUAACAUGUGUUUUUGUAUCCUUCCUGGAAGACUGCAUCUCCUCUUCGCCCUGAUAAAAGUCUAACAAAAA